GCAGGGACGAGAAAAAGAAAGGGAGCGAGAAGUUGGACGAAAUGCAUUGAUACUGGCUCAGAACAAGUGGCAGUGCCAUCGCGGCCGCACGUGAUAGUCGACAAACAGGGCAAAAUUGUACAGGUCAAGGCCAGCCUUUGCACAGACCAUACCACGUUGAUCUCGCAAUAUGCCAUCUCAAAAAACUUUCCGCACGAAGAGGAUCCUCGCCAAGGCCUCGCGCCAGAACCGCCCCAUUCCUCAAUGGUUCCGCCUGAAAACUGAUUCCAAAAUACAGUACAACGCCAAGAGACGGCAUUGGCGCAGGACGAAGCUGAACAUCUAAACAGCCAUGGAAGGAUUGCAGGAGAUCAGUUCUUUUUUUGCUGUAUUAGCUAUAUGCCUAUGAUCCAUUUCUUCGCAUCCAUUAUCUUCAUGCUGUACCUCUGUCUUUCCCGUGUGGUCCGACCCUCGAC